GAGGGAGGGAGGGAGGGAGAGAGAGAGCGCGAGCGCUCGGCCGUGGUGUUCUGUGGGAUUCAGGCGGCGCUUUGCCUCUCUCCUUCUUCCUCCUCCUGCUGCUGCUGCUGCUGCUGGGUGCGGAAAGCCGCCGCUGAGGCAGAGGGACGAGAGCCGAGCGGGGCAUGAAGAUGGCGGACGCCAAGCAGAAACGGAACGAGCAGCUGAAGCGCUGGAUCGGCUCCGAGACAGACCAGGAGCCGCCGGUGGUGAAGCGCAAGAAGACCAAGGUGAAGUUCGACGACGGCGCCGUGUUCCUGGCCGCCUGCUCGAGCGGCGACACCGAGGAGGUGCUGCGCCUGCUGGAGCGCGGCGCCGACAUCAACUACGCCAAUGUGGACGGGCUCACGGCGCUGCAUCAGGCUUGCAUAGAUGAUAACAUAGAUAUGGUGAAAUUUCUGGUGGAAAAUGGAGCCAGUAUUAAUCAACCUGAUAAUGAAGGCUGGAUACCUCUACAUGCAGCUGCUUCCUGUGGAUAUCUUGAUAUAGCAGAAUAUUUAAUUAGUCAAGGCGCACAUGUAGGAGCAGUAAAUAGUGAAGGAGACACUCCAUUAGAUAUUGCUGAGGAAGAGGCAAUGGAAGAAUUGCUUCAAAAUGAAGUGAAUCGGCAAGGGGUUGAUAUAGAGGCAGCUCGGAAAGAAGAAGAACGGAUAAUGCUGAGAGAUGCAAGGCAGUGGCUUAACAGUGGUCAUAUAAAUGAUGUUCGGCACGCAAAAUCUGGUGGUACAGCCCUUCAUGUAGCUGCUGCUAAAGGCUAUACGGAAGUCUUAAAACUUUUAAUACAGGCUGGCUAUGAUGUUAAUAUUAAAGAUUAUGAUGGCUGGACACCACUUCAUGCAGCUGCUCACUGGGGUAAAGAAGAAGCAUGCCGAAUAUUAGUGGAAAACCUGUGUGAUAUGGAGGCUGUCAACAAAGUGGGUCAAACAGCGUUUGAUGUAGCAGAUGAAGACAUUUUAGGAUAUUUAGAAGAACUACAAAAGAAACAAAAUAUGCUUCAUAGUGAAAAAAAGGAAAAGAAAUCGCCCCUAAUUGAAUCUACAGCCAACAUGGACAAUAAUCAGACUCAAAAACCAUUUAAAAAUAAAGAGACUUUGAUCAUCGAGCAAGACAAGAAUGCAUCUAACAUUGAAUCUCUAGAACAAGAAAAAGUAGAUGAAGAGGAAGAAGGAAAGAAAGAUGAGUCCAGUUGCUCUAGUGAAGAAGAUGAGGAAGAAGACUCUGAAUCGGAAACAGAAACAGAGAAGAACAAAACUACAACAAAUAAUUCAAAUACCACCAAUGUCCAAGCAGGUCCCAUAGCUGUGACGACGCCUUCAGUUACUACUGGUCAAGUAACACCUACAUCCCCUAUUAAGAAGUUCCCGACUUCAACUAAGGUUUCUCCCAAAGAAGAAGAGAGAAAAGAUGAGUCUCCUGCUUCUUGGAGGCUAGGUCUUCGAAAGACUGGCAGUUAUGGGGCACUGGCAGAGAUUACAGCUAGCAAAGAAACUCAGAAAGAAAAGGAUUCAGCGGGAGUUAUGCGUUCAGCUUCAAGCCCUAGAUUGUCCUCUUCAUUAGACAACAAAGACAAGGAGAAAGAUGCAAAAGGAACUAGACUUGCAUAUGUUGCACCUACGAUACCAAGACGGCUAGCCAGUACAUCUGAUAUUGAAGAGAAAGAAAACAGGGAUACGUCAGCCAGUUUAAUACGUGGUAGUGGUUCUUAUACAAGAAGAAAAUGGGAAGAAGAUGCAAAGAAAAAUAUCUCAAAUGAAGGAUCUACACCUCUAAACACAAGUUAUCAAAGAAGUGGUUCCUUUGGUAGAAGACAAGAUGACUUGAUUAGUUCUAGUAUUCCAAGUAUUACAUCAGUAUCAACAGUUACCUCCCCAGCUGGUCUUCAGAAAAGCCUGCUUUCCAGCACAAGCGCUGCUACAAAGGUUAUGACGGGUUCAGCAACAGCAGGCAUGCAAAGCAGUACCUCAAAUCGUUUAUGGGCUGAGGAUAGUACUGAGAGAGACAAGGACAAUGUUCCUACAGCAGUGACCGUUCCCGUUGCACCAUCAGUUGUAAAUACUGCGACUACUACCACAGCCUUGACUACAACUACUUCUGGCACUGUGUCCUCAACUUCAGAGGUCAGGGAGAGACGCAGGUCAUACCUCACUCCAGUUCGGGAUGAAGAAUCUGAAUCCCAAAGAAAAGCUAGAUCCAGACAAGCAAGGCAGUCCAGAAGAUCCACACAGGGUGUGACACUGACUGAUCUUCAAGAAGCUGAAAAAACUAUUGGUAGAAGUCGUCCUACGCGAACCAGAGAACAAGAGAAUGAAGAAAAAGAAAAACAAGACAAAGAGAAACAGGAGGAAAAGAAGGAAUCUGAAACUAAAGAUGAUGACUAUAGGCAAAGAUAUACACGAAGCAUAGAGGAGCCAUAUCAACGCUAUAGAACUUCAUCAUCUACUUCAUCAACGACAUCAAUUGCCACCCCUUCUAGUUCUCUCUCUUCUUCAAGCCAACUAAACAGACCAAAUAGCCUUAUAGGUAUAACUUCUGCUUAUUUCAGAAGUGGAGCAAAGGAAAAUGAGAGAGAAGCAGGGAAGAAAGAAGAAGAAAAGGAAGAAGAUAAAUCACAGACAAAAUCAAUAAGGGAAAGACGGCGGCCAAGAGAAAAACGAAGAUCUACAGGCGUUUCUUUUUGGACUCAAGAUAGUGAUGAAUAUGAGCAGGAGCACCUAUCUGACUCAGAAGAGGGAACAAAUAAAAAAGAAUCGCAGAGUGAUAGCCUUUCAAGAUAUGACACAGGAGAUCGUUAUGAUUCAGUACUAGGACGGACUGGGUAUGGUUACUUGGAAGACCGUAAAUCAUAUUCCAGUAAGCUUGAAAAAGAAGAUACAGCAGAUUUUAAAAAGCUUUAUGAACAGAUUGUAGCUGAAAAUGAAAAACUGAAAGCACAGCUACAUGAUACCAACAUGGAACUGACGGAUCUUAAACUACAGUUGGAAAAGGCAACUCAGAGGCAGGAAAGAUUUGCUGACAGGUCUCUGCUAGAAAUGGAAAAAAGGGAAAGAAGAGCUCUAGAAAGGCGGAUAUCUGAAAUGGAAGAGGAACUCAAAAUGCUACCAGACCUGAAGGCAGAUAACCAGAGGCUAAAAGAUGAAAAUGGGGCCUUGAUCAGAGUUAUAAGCAAGCUUUCCAAAUAAAAUGGUUUCCUCCAGCUGCAGAUCAUGGGAUUGCACAUAAUUAGUAACUCCAGUGGACCAUAGCAUGGCAGUCACUGGAAGCCUGGGAAGAUUUCUUGGAGACUGUCAUUUUCAGAUAUCCUGCCAAAUGCCCUCUUACCUGGGUGUGUUGUUUUUUAACCAAGAUCAUUGUUUCAUGUGUUAAAGCAGCUGCUGAGAAGACAUAAUGACUGAGAAAUCUUGUUUACAGCUAUUGCAUAUAAGGAAAGUGUUCAAGGCCAGAUAAGCCUCAGAUAUUUAACCAGUAAGCCUUAGUUGUACAUAAACACAUGCAUCAAAAAAAAAAAAAAAAAGCUUUCUGCUAUCACAGACAGUUACUUUAUUUUGUUGUGUCACGGUUCCUGGUUUUUUCUAUACUGCAUUCCCCCCCCCUUUUGCAUCUAAGUUUGGAUUUGUGUGUGUUCCUUUCUAAUUAUUCAUGUACCAGAUUUUUUUCCUUGUACAGUGUUUUCACAGCUUUAUAUUUACAGAGACCACACAUCCCUUUAAAAAUACAAUUUGUGUAGCUGAGCCUGUAUUGUCCAACCAGCCAGCCACUCCCAACCAGAGAGAUUUGGUGGAACAUUUGCUUUCACUGUUGUGCAAUAUGCAUUUAUUUCCUAUAAAAUAUGCUUUAAAAGUCAGUUGGAAGUAGAUCGUUUAUUUUAAGAUUACUGUCUUCUGCCUUUAUUGGUCACUUUUUAAGAAGAAGAAAAAGCAAAAGGUUUGUAGUGCAAAACGUUAGAUACUGUAACCUUCACAUACAUUUUAGCAGGUACUGAGUGAUAUUGUAUAUAUUAAUGUGUGUAGUUUGGAUUUUUCAGACCACCACAUGACAUGCUUGAAUAUAUUUCCCUAUUGCAAAUGUGUGCUAAAGCAAAUUAGGCUGCUCCCAGAAUAGUGUUUAACAACGUCAAUUGAAUUUUUAUGGUUUAAAGAAUUUUAAAAUUGUUCAUUGUAUGGAGCCACCCUCUGCAAAAACCUUUAAACUAUAAGAAAAUAAUAUUUUUACCUUUACCCUCCCAUUUUUCAUUUGAGUAAUGUUCACUCAUAACAAAACUUAAGUAUAACUUCUUUACCACACUUCACAUAUCUGUAUUUGAUUGCUGUCCAAAACUGUUGUGCUAGCCAAAGUAAUCUCUGUCAUUAGAGAGACCUAACCUGUUACUCAUUUAUUAUAUACACUGCUAUUGCCAUGUGAAGAAGCAACUAAGUUGAUUCCACCAUCAAGUCAGACCAUUUUAUACAUUUCAGUGGCCUUUUAAAAAAGUACUCCAGUGAAGAUAGCUUUUGUUAGAGAACAACAGCUUUUAUAUUUUCACUAAAACCUACUAAAUAUAACCAUCUUAUUGGCCUACAGACAAUUGCCUAAAACCACAGAACAGUUCAGCCAUUAAAAUAAAUUGUACAUUGUAAAGCUUGUAGUAGCUAUUGUAUUAUUGAUUAUAUUGUAUACUAUAUUAAAUGUGAAUUUGUACCCCUUCAUUUUAAAAGGUCAUUGUGUUCUACUGCCUACUUCUUGGGGAGGGGACUCACUUCAUUUGCGGGGGGAGGGAGAAUGAUUAUUUGAGAUGAGGAGGACACAAGUCCUCUUUCAUGGGGUUGGGAGGGUUUUGGCGGUGGGACUAGGGGAGGUUUUCUGAAGAUGUAAGGUUUUGCUCUUACUACCAAGCUCAGGAUUAUUGAUUUUAAAGGUACAAGGAUAGUUCUGGGAUAUUUUGUUACAGUAGGUCUGUAUGAGUAACAACUUUGAAGAUGGACAUCUUUAGUGGUCUUUUAAGCUAAUACUAGCCAAGCAGAGAAUUAAUCCAUCUGAGUGGCAGCAACACACUGAACAGUGUGGUAGAAAGGUUAGGCAUACUGUGGAUUAUAUUUGGUAAAGUUCUGGAUGCCUGUGAAUGACGUGUCUAAUAUUUUAGUGUUUUAUAUAUAGGUUAUUUAUUCUUUAAAAUUGAAUGGCUACUGUGUUGCGUUGAUUUUAUUGGUAGUAUUGAGCAGACCUUGCAUCUGCAUGAAACUACUUGCAAAACCCACUAUUUUGCAAAAAAAUAAAAUAAAUGUAUUUUGACAUAUACAAAUAAAAUGAAUAAAACUAUUUUAAAUGUGUGAAUUUUACUGAGAAGACAUUUUAAACGUGCACUUGGUAUUUAAAUUCUUUGUGGGCAUUUUUUAUUGCUUCACUUGGAUGCAAAGUACUUUUCAGAGAUUGUAAUCAAAUUGUGUUUGUUUGCACAUCUGUAAAUGCAACAGUAAAAAUGCCAUAUUUAUGCAAUCUGUAACAAAUUGAAAAUGUUUAUAUAUUUUACAUAAACCUGUCUGCAUGCAGAAAUUACAUGGGAA